AUGGGGGUCCUAGCAGUGCUGCUGGGGGUGGUGGGCUUUUUGGAGGUUGCUCCAGGGGGCUCCCUUACCCAUCCCUGGGACAGCACAUCCUGCCACUUGGUCAAGCCCAUCCCUGGCAGCUCUCUUGGCUCCCUAAGCUUCCUGGGCAAGGAUGCCCAGGGCCUGGCUCUGUUCCACGCCCGCUGGGAUGCUCGCGGGCGGCUGCAGGUUUGCACCCGGCAGGAUGCGCCUGAACUCACCGCGGCCUUCAGUGCCUUCUGCGUUCAUCAGUCCAGCCAGGGCGCCUUCACCCACACCCCAGGACCGAAGUUACAGAGGGCACUGACGAGUCUACGGAGCCACUGGGAAGCCUGCAGGGAGGCUGAGCACAGGCCUGCAGGGGCUCGGGAGAAGCCGGCAGCCGGGCAGGGCGGAGCGGCUGGCAGAGGGCACUUGCGGAAGAAGAGAGGCUGGACCAUGCCUGGCACCCUGUGGUGCGGAGUUGGGAACUCUGCUGAGAAUUCCUCGGAGCUGGGGAUCUUCCGGGGCCCUGACCUCUGCUGCCAGGAACAUGACCGCUGCCCGCAGAACAUCUCGCCCUUACAAUACAACUAUGGCAUCCGGAACUUCCGAUUCCACACCAUCUCCCACUGCGACUGUGACGCCAGGUUCCAGCAGUGCCUGAGAGGCCAGCGGGACUCCAUUUCGGACAUCGUGGGUGUGGCAUUCUUCAACGUGCUGGAGAUACCCUGCUUCGUGUUGAAAGAGCAGGAGUCCUGCGUGGCAUGGUACUGGUGGGGCGGGUGCAAGACAUACGGCUCAGUGCCCCUUGCGCACCUCCAGCCCAGGACCUACUACAAUGCCUCCUGGAACUCAGUAGCCACCACCGUUCCUCCCAGCCCCCAGAGCCCAGCUUUCAGCAAGCACCCUCAGAAAAGGCGCCCACAGCAGACAAGGUCCAGGCACCCCAGCCUAGCCAAUGCCACAGCCUUCCCAGCCCCUGGGGCCACCCUCAGGCCAGAUGUGGUCUUCAGAAUCCAGACAAGGGUCCCUCACCCACGCCUCCUGAGUGGUCCAACACCUCAAGGUGCCCGCCGAGCCUGCCGUAGCUUCCGCCACCUGGACCGGUGUGGACACCAGAUCAAGCCCCAAGAAACCAAGUUCCACCUGCUCAACAGUGCCCACGAGCCCCUCUUUCACUGUAACUGUACCCGCCGCCUGGCACGCUUCCUGAAGCUCCGCAGCCCACCUGCUGGCGCCAACAAGCUCUGGGAGUUACUGGGCACCACCUGUUUCAAGCUGGUCCCUCCGCUGGACUGUGCUGAGGGUAAAGGCUGUUCCAGAGACCUCAGGGCCAUCAGAGUGUCCGCUCGGCACUUGCGGCUUCAGUGGAGACAGCCCCACCGCUGGGAUAAAGACGCAGACGAGGGACAAGCGCGGCCUGCGGAGCCCCCGCGGCCUCCUGGGUCAUUCUUCAGUCAGUGCCUGCAGCUAACCCAGGCAACCUGGACACCCAGUGGGCAGCAGACAUCCUGGAGCUCAUGACCUCAGGGGGCAGCUCUCCUGGGCACCAGCUUGGACUUCCUGCUUGGCUCUGCUAGGCCCUGGGGAGACCUGGCCUCUUCAUGAACCAGCAUGGUGGUGGCUCUGAUUGCGGAACGUCCAGGAGGGUGAUGGGAGGGACCUCAAGUCUCCCGCUACACUGAGAGACACUGCCUUCCCGUUCCUGGACGUGGUGUCCAGGAAGCUGACUUUGAUGCCUUGGGCUUGGGCCUUGCCAGGGAAGUUCACAUGCAGAUGGAAAUGGGGAGGGGCUGGCUGACAGGUUGCAGCAGCCCUGGGAGGUGCUGAAAGAAGUGACAUGUCUGCCCAUGUUGCAAAAUCAAUGUGUCUCAAGACCUGGCUAGGGAAGUCCUAACACCUGGCUGUGAGGCGCAGGGCUGCAAGUGGGAAAUAAGGGAUGUCGGGCCUGAAAUCCAGGAGGCCUUCUCAACUCCCCUUCUCCCAGGAGGCCCCUUCUUUUAAUAGCUGCUAAUCCCAUCCAAGCCCAGGCCUGGACCAAUCUUUCUGCACUAAAUUUAAAUCUCCU